CCGCCUCUCAGUGCUAUUGUCGCUGGGCCUGCCCCUGACGGGUCCGCCGGGGAAGGCCGAGUGCGCCGGCUCCGCGGAAGAUGCCGGACCAAGCCCUACAGCAGAUGCUGGACAGAAGUUGCUGGGUAUGUUUUGCCACUGAUGAAGAUGAUAGAACAGCUGAAUGGGUGAGACCAUGCAGAUGCAGAGGAUCUACAAAAUGGGUUCACCAGGCUUGUCUACAGCGCUGGGUGGAUGAAAAACAAAGAGGAAACCGUACAGCCAGAGUGGCAUGUCCUCAGUGCAAUGCUGAAUACUUAAUAGUUUUUCCAAAGUUGGGUCCAGUUGUUUACGUCUUGGAUCUUGCAGAUAGACUGAUCUCAAAAGCUUGUCCAUUUGCUGCAGCGGGAAUAAUGGUUGGCUCUAUCUAUUGGACAGCUGUGACUUAUGGAGCAGUGACAGUGAUGCAGGUCGUAGGCCAUAAAGAAGGUCUGGAUGUUAUGGAGAGAGCUGAUCCUUUAUUCCUUUUGAUCGGACUUCCUACUAUUCCCGUCAUGCUGAUAUUAGGCAAGAUGAUUCGCUGGGAGGACUACGUGCUUAGGCUAUGGCGUAAAUACUCAAAUAAACUACAUUUGAACAGUAUAUUUCCAGGGAUUGGGUGUCCUGUUCCUCGAAUUCCAGCCGAGGCUAAUCCUUUAGCAGAUCAUGUCUCUGCUACCCGAAUUUUGUGUGGAGCCCUUGUCUUUCCUACUAUUGCGACAAUAGUUGGUAAACUGAUGUUCAGUAGUGUUAACUCUAAUUUACAAAGGACAGUCUUGGGUGGAAUUGCUUUUGUUGCCAUAAAAGGAGCAUUUAAGGUUUACUUCAAACAGCAGCAAUAUUUACGUCAGGCACACCGCAAAAUUCUAAAUUAUCCAGAGCAAGAAGAAGCAUAAAACUGUGACUUCUAGUUCUGCAGUCUUCUCAUCCUUAGGAGUCUGUUGUGUUGUUUUGAUUCCAUCAUUAAUGCACUAGUGGAGACUUGUGAUAAGUUGUUGCUCCUAUAUUUUUCAGAAAUAUAAUAAAGCACUUAGGGCAGGGAAAAUCCUCUCAGUAAUUGCAGAAUCUAAGGAUGUGACUUGUUUUCUUUGCUUUGUAUAUGCUGCUUUUAUGGCAGUCAUCUGAACCAUUUUCUGAGCAUGGUAAACCUGGGUUUUCUUCAGAUUUGCUCCAAACAGAAAUGUAAAGAUCAAACUGUACAAAUAUUAAAAAAUGCACAUGCUGUUUUA